GUUUUCUGACUGGACUAGCGCUUUUGUUGAAACUCUGAUGGAUUUUAAUCAUUUUAGGAGAGAAAUAAAUGUGAAAACGCGCCGAGCGGUGCAGUCCGACACGGUGAAUAUGUGAUGUUUGGAGACAGUUUAAAGUGAAUCCAGAGCCCACCAGAGCUCUACAUGACCUCAGGACGAAGAGACACAAGUCCGCUACAGAUUCAAUCAGUGUCCGCCUUCAGAACAGGUCCUGGAUUUGUUUAUAAGGCUUUUAUCAGUGAAGAGAAAACACAAGUGUCCGAGUAUCCUGACUGCACGGAGGACACAGUGGCUGAGUUGAGUCUCCACGGUUCUCAUGGUGUGUUUAAUUCCACCCCGUGCUCUGUACAUCGCAUCAGUCUAGUUAGACUCUGUUCUGAAUAGACACUCGAAACUAUGGCAGAAGUCGCUCCAGCUCCCGCCGCCGCUCCGGCCAAAGCCGCCAAGAAGAAGGCCGUGAAAAAGGCCAAAACCGGACCCAGCGUCCGCGACCUCAUCACCAAGACCGUGGCCGCUUCCAAGGAGCGGAACGGCGUGUCUCUGGCGGCUCUGAAGAAGGCUCUGGCCGCAGCUGGAUACGAUGUGGAGAAGAACAAGGGCCGCAUCAAGGUGGCCGUCAAAAGCAUGGUGGCCAGUGGGGUCCUGACCCAGACCAAGGGCACCGGGGCUUCAGGCUCGUUCAAGAUGAGCAAGAAGGCGGAAGCCAAGCCCAAGAAGAAGGCUGUGAAGAAAGCAGCUCCCAAAGCCAAGAAGGCAGCGGCCAAGAAACCUGCAACCCCCAAGAGGCCGAAGAAGCCAGCAGCAGCAAAGAAGGCCCCGAAGAAGUCCCCGAAGAAGGCGGCCAAGAAGGCCCCGGCGGCCAAGAAAGCAGCAGCAAAGAGCCCCAAGAAGGCCCCCAAGAAGGUGACCAAGAAGCCUGCGGCCAAGAAAGCCCCUGCAAAGAAGGCAGCGGCCAAGCCCAAAGCAAAGAAGGCAGCAGCCAAGAAGAAGUGAGCUGAACCUGAAGAGCAUUAAAUGAUUAAGGAAAAAAAAAAAAUAAUCAAAGGCUCUUUUAAGAGCCACCCACAACUAAAUUAAAGACUCAACUUCAAAAUUUAUACAGUUUGUAAACCUAAAUAAAAUAGAAUUUCCUUGUUACAUAGAAGUGUAUAGUUCUAGAAAUAAAAAUCUACAAAGUAAUGACAAUUUAAGCAUUACAACCAAGGGGGGAGUAAAAAAGAUUAAAAUCUGAUUCUGGUAUUUAGAUUGCAGAAAUAUUUGUCCUUUCGUUCCUCAAACUGAUGAACUACAUUCAUAAACUGUUAAUCUGGUCUGGGGUACCAACAGGCAGCUCACUGGAACAGCUUUAUUAUUUCAGAGAAAGUUCUCUGAUCUCAGAUCAGUAGAUCUUGGGCUCGGAUUACAAAUGACCUUUGACAUGUAUAUGGAUAUUUCUAGAAGAGCUCUCUGGGAUGAUGACCUUACCUGAGAAAAAAGAAGGGAAAAAUAAAAGCCCUUAAUAAUAGAACU